AUGACAAAACUAUCUGGUCGCGCAUUCUACGAGUCCCUCGGGUCUCCUAAGAAGAUCAUCGCUCCUAUGGUAGAUCAGUCUGAGCUUGGGUGGCGUUUACUUUCGCGUGCACAUGGAGCGGACCUGUGCUACACCCCGAUGCUGCACGCUCGUCUGUUCGCAGAGUCGGAAAAGUACCGAGAUCAGAACUUCCUGGCUGGGCAUGACGGAAACAAAGAGACCGAUCGGCCGUUGGUGGUGCAGUUUUGUGCAAACGACCCUGAGGUCUUAUUACAAGCGGCUAAAUUAGUCGAAGAUCAGUGCGACGCAGUCGAUCUCAACCUCGGGUGCCCUCAGAACAUUGCAAAGAGAGGCAAAUAUGGCUCGUUCCUGCAGGAAGAUUGGGAUUUGAUCUACAAGCUCAUCAACAUUCUCCACGUUAAUCUCAAAAUCCCCGUAACCGCCAAAAUCCGCAUAUUCCCCGACAAAGAGAAGACUCUCAAAUACGCAAAAAUGGUUUUAUCCGCUGGCGCCCAGAUCCUCACCGUGCACGGCCGUACCCGCGAGAUGAAGGGUCAACAAACCGGUCUUGCAGACUGGCAGAUGAUUCGCUUCCUGCGAGACAAUUUACCACCCGAGACCGUCAUUUUCGCCAACGGAAACAUCUUGUACCAUGAAGAUAUCAGUCGCUGCUUAGAGAUCACCGGUGCUGACGGUGUUAUGGCGGCGGAAGGAAGUCUGUACAACCCAGCUAUAUUUCAAAAAGAAGUCACUUACUCUGAAUCUAUUCCCGACUCAAAAGAGCUCAUCGAUGAACUGUAUCCUCGGGUGGACGUCUUGCUUCGUGAAUACUAUGAGAUUCUAAAGUCAACUCCGGGAGAAGCUACCCGUCUCGCCGCAAAAUCUCAUUUCUUCAGACUGCUGCGCCCGUUCUUGCCCAUCUACACGGACGUUCGUCAAGAGAUUGCCAAAAUCAACCGAAACACGACUAUUGAAGACUACGAGAAGAUCACAAUCUCGGUGGAGGAAAUUGUUCGCGGCUUGCUCGCAGAUGAGGAAAACCAAAAGAAAGAUACUAUCGUCAGAUCAUCCCAGCCUAUGGACGAAUCAGGAGCUGUCUACAAGGACAUUCCGUUCUGGCGUGUGCAGCCUUAUUUUAGACCAGUGAGUGGUCAAAUAUUGUACGGCGGCAAGCGAAAGAGCGAUCCUGCUGCUGCUGAGUCCGGCAACAAGCCGGCUGAAAAGAAGGAAAGGUUGGAGACGGUCGAGGUACCGGUUGCGUUGUCUGCAUAG